CGCCGUCCCGGUGGGGCAAGAUGGCGGCGCCCAGCUGUAGCCCCGGUAAUGGCGGAACCGCCGCCCGUUACUGCCUGGUGAGCGGCAUCCCGGCCGCGCUGCGCUCCGCCCAGCUCCGCGCCUACUUCAGCCAGUUCGUGGAGGCCGGCGGUUUCCUCUGCUUCCAUUACCGUCACCGCCCCGAGCGCCCGCCGGCGGGCGGCGGCGGUGAGGAGGCCGCGGCGCCGCGCACUUGCUCCUGCCUGGUGGCCGUGCAGCCCGGCCGCGCCCGCCGCUUCGUCCGCAUGUACUCGGGCAAGCGUUGGGUAGGGCCCGGCGGCACCUCGUUGCCCGGCCGCUGCCUCAUCCGCAGGGUCCGCCUCAGCUCCGGGACAGGUGCAGAGACGUUUCCCUACAGUGAGGCCAAGGUGGCUGCAGGCGAAUCUGUCACAGAAUCGGACUUGAAGCGGCUGCCUGAGUUCAACCCCCCUUCCUUCAUGCCUUACGGGAACGUGGGCACCCCCCUGAAAGUUUUUCUGGAGCUGAUCCGAGCCUGCAGGCUGCCUCCCCGGAUUAUCAAGAAAUUGCAGCUGGAUUUUCCAAAGACAGGCUCAUCCCGUAGGUAUGGGAAUGUGCCUUUUGAAUACCAGGACACUGAGACAGUUAUAGAAGAAGAAAGAGUUUACACUGCUACGGGGGAUGAGAUCACAGAGGAAGAGGGGCCUGUGGCAAGGUCUGAGGUGACUCACCCAGACGGUGCUGAGGAAGAUGAGGAGGGGCAGGAGAAGGAGGAAGAGGAGUCGCACUCGGAUGACGACAACGAUACCUGUGAGGAGUGGGAGCGACACGAGGCUCUGCAUGAGGACGUGACCAAGCAAGACCGUGUGGAGGAGCGGCUCUUUGAAGAGGAGAUUGAGCUGAAGUGGGAGAAAGGCGGCUCUGGCCUUGUCUUCUACACGGAUGCUCAGUACUGGCAGGAGAAGAAUGGAGACUUUGAUGAGCAGACUGUGGAUGACUGGGAUGUGGACAUGAGCAUCUACUAUGACAAAGAUGGAGGUGAUAAGGAUGCUCGGGACUCGGUCCGGAUGUGGCUGGAACAGCGACUCAGGGACGGCUUGGAGGAUGGAUCCGUUUCAGGACAACGGAUCGGCACCUUUGAGAGAUACACCAAGGGUUUUGGCAGGAAGGUGCUGGAGCAGCAGGGCUGGACAGAGGGGCUGGGGCUGGGGAGCAGCAACUCUGGAAUGGCUGAAGCUCUGGACAACGAGGGUCAGAACCCCAGAUGCAAGAGGGGGCUGGGGUACCAUGGGGAGAAACUACCAACUUUCAGCAAAGUGAAAAAACCCCGACGGGAUGUUCCCAUCCUCAUCUCGACCAUCUACGAUGACCCUGACCCAAAGGACAGCGGUGACCAGCUGCUCAGGCGCCAGCCACCUACUGCCAUGAAGUACAGGCAGGACAUGGCGUUCGUCCGGGCGUCGCACGGUGCUCUGCAGGGUUUUGGUGCCCAGUCGCGCUGAGCAGGGACUGUCGCAGAGCCUUUGUCCUGCCUCUGCUGCCGAGCACAGGCUGGCUCCUGGUCUUGGGUUUGGAGCAGGGUGUUCACCUAUUUAUUUUUGGAAGAAAUAUAGACUUGUAACAAAAAUUGCCUCAGUGAGGUGGGGUUUUUUUUUUUCCCCCUCUAAUUAAACCAUUCAAAUAAGG